AUCAUUUUUACCUCCAUGGACUACAGUGGCAUCUCAAGCUGCAGCAGCCGUCAAAACACCGCACACACCGAAGCCAGCGAGGAAGUGACUGGAACAUGUAAGUGCCUGCGGCUUUAUUCUUGUUUAGUAAGCAUGUCUAGCGCUGGAGAGUGGAGGGAAGAAGAGCGAGAGGUCGGCAAAGGAUUAAAUUCAUAGACAGCCUGCUGGAGGACAUGGGAAGAAGACUCAACAUGGCAGAAGUUAUGAGGAUGGCCAACAGGUGGAGGUCCAUGGUCGCCGAUCAUGACUGGCGCCACGAUGAGGGGUAAGUCUGCUCUGCUGGUGAACUAAUAAACGUCACAUCCUGUCAGAAAAGUUGAGAACUGAUGAUGUGGUUUUGUUUUGUUUUGUUGCGGUGAUAACAAUAAUGAACAAACACUUGAUAGAAAAGCAAAUAAUAAAAACAUGGCCUUAUCGCAUUGCUCUCAUCACCACGACCAUUUUCUAAGGACACAGAGGCAAUUAGCCGGGUUCUCAAGCGAGCUUCUCCUGUUAAUAACGUAAAAAUCUUGUUCAUCUGUCACUAGAACCAUGAAAACUCUUAAAAAACCCGUGUAACUUCAACUAGAGCUUUUUCAUAGUCGGGGUGCGUUGAAAAAGUUUUCAGGAUACUUAUACGAUUCAGCGGUGAGGGAGAAACGUAAGUAGAGAGGGAGGGAGCGCAUGUGUGCUUAUGCUAAUCGACCAAGACCUCGACUGUACGUUUAACUUGAUCACCAACACGGAAUCUUAAACAUGAAACAGAUAAGUAAAUCACAUUUUAGAGAGAAAGAGACAGACGGACGUAUUUUUUACAGUCAGUCCAUCGUAUCACUAAUUUUAAUUCAAUAUUCAGAUGUCUGUAUAGGUCCACUGGAUAAACCCUCAUGUGACACUAUUGUUUACAUUAAUAUAUACAUAGGUAGAUGGAUGAAUGGAUAGAUAGAUAGAUAAAUAGAUAGACAGACAUAUAGAUAGAUAGAUGGAUAAGGAGGUAGAAAGAUAAAUAGAUAGACAACUAGAUGAAUAAAUAAAUGGAUAGACGGAUAGAUACAGCAUACAUACAUACGUAUGUAUGUACGUAUGUAUCUAUCCAUCACAUACGUAUACAUACAUACAUAUGUAUGUAUACGUAUGUGAUGGAUAGAUGAAUACACGUAUAAAAUUUCCCUCUACUUUGUCUUAUUUUCAUAUCUGUUCCCAGUUGUGCUGUAUACACCGUGAACACACAUACCCAUGACUUUUUUAUUUAUUUAUUUAUUUUUCUAAAACUUCUUAUAAUUUCCUCAGUAUUCUUUGUGAGAAAGUUUUGAGGAAGUACAGUACCCUGUAUGGGAUUAUCCACCACUGACUUACGUAUGACACGCAUAUUGCUUUUUGUUUUGAUAAUUUACUUGCCUCCACAACUACGGUUAGCUACGUUAGGAAAACGGCGGAAGAGUGACACACACACACACACACACACACACACACACACACUCCACUGAAACAUUACGCUCAGUUGUUCUGGAGCAGCUGGUAAGGAGCCCUGGAAAAUGCUUCGGGGGAUGCAGUGCAGAAUGGUUAGAGGGAUGGUGGUGGUCAUAAGCGUCUUCAUGCUCGGCCUCUUCAUUCAACGAGACAAGAUCUUUAUAGUUUUACCCGACCUCCGAAGAUCCUCGUAUUUCGUCCCAGUCACUGGAGACUCUGCCACUGUCCUUCCCUGGGGCUGCAAGUGUCCCAUAGCGUGGCAUGUUCCAGACAAGGAAAUGUCGUUCAUGAACCUCUCCGUGCCUUGGACCAACGCCACCAUCCGCCAGGGGUUGGAGGAGCGACACCCCAACAUGCCUGUGGAGUUGCUGUACGGUGCCGGUGCCAGUGCCAGUAAGCUGAGGUGCCCCCUGCUCCCGACCGUUUUCAGCAUUGACUGGAGGAACACACUCUGGCAGCGGGCGACUCUUGACAUCAACGAUAAUUUUUUGCUUUAUUCCGCCUUCUUGGACCCAGACGCAGACGGCAGGGCGUCCAUCAGGCUCCUCGGCGUGUCGAAAAGCAAGGCUCCAUCCCUUGCCUGGUGCCACAUUUGGUUCAGCUCAGAAGCGCCGCCGCUGCCUGUCAGAGUAACUAGCGUGGACUACCUGGACUAUCAAAACAAAAACAGCGACCGCCAGAUGCCGUACUUGCUGAGGUGUCCUCUUCCCCCAGACACCCUUGCUGUGCCCCUCGCUGUCUCCCUUGUGUCUGAGCCCUGCGCGUCAGCUACCAAUCUGCUUAAGGUGAUCGGCGCGAGGGAGCGUCACUUGUCUGCCUACAGGUCCCGCGUAGCGCCUCGCAACCCCGUCACGUUGGUGCGGGGGUGGGCGGCGGCAGUGUGUGGGCCGGCGCUGUUCUAUUACCACGAGGACUUCUCGCAGCGCCUGGUGGAGUGGCUGGAGCUGCUGAGGGCGCAGGGCUUCAGCCAGGUGUUCCUCUACACUACUGAUGUACAUCCAAACAUCACCAAGGUAUUGCGUCACUACACUCAAGAAGGUUUCGUGCAAGUCACUGACUACACCUACCCGCCGCCCUACGUCAACGAACCCAGCCUCCGGAAGCUUUGGACGCAGAAAGAGAGACAGAAGAUGUUUGCCCAGGAGAACGUGCACUUCACAGACUGUGUUCUGCGCCACAUGCACCAGUACCGGUUCCUUGCCCACUUUGACCCGGACGAGGUGCCCAUCUUACCCAACCACGACAAUUUCACUCACUUCCUGGAUGAUCUCAUUGCAAGCAUAAGGGGAGCGGCACCAGCGGGGUUCAGACUGCAGUGGAGUUACUUCUACAGCAACAUUGGGCCAAGUAAGGAGACUGCAAACCUGCCAGAUCCUCUGUGGGCGCUACGUCACACUCAUCGUCAGGCGGAGCACAUGAAAAGACCCCUGCCAGGAAAAUUCAAACCCAUCUUCGAUAUGAAUGCUGUGAGGGGCGUCUAUUCUCACGGUCCUAUGCUGUGUACGGGAGGUCGAUGCAACCACGGCGCCCUGAGAACAGUGUCCCCCGAGAAAGAGGCUUUCCUGGCACACUUCCGACUUGACUGUGAUGAGGUGUGCAAACAAAGCCUCGUCUCUGACCUUACGCUACUCAGGUAUAGUGAACAAGUCAUCACCAGGGCACUCAAGGUGAUGACCAUGCUGAACUUGGUGUAGUGUAAUGGUGCAAUGUACAUAAUGCGAUGUAAUGUAAUUUGGCGUGGUAGUUUAUCUAAUGUAGUGUGAUUGUAGUUGGUGAUCUAUUUGCUAUUUAUUUAUUUAUGAUGUGAGUGCUGUGGUUGCCUCUAGUCUGUUGCCAUAACCACUUAUAAGGACAUGUUAUGCGAUGAAGUUGCUAUACCAGCUUUAUGAACAAAUUCUGAGCACUUGCAAUUCUUUUGAUAUUUGUAAGCGCUGACCAUGCAUCCUUGUGGUCUAAGUAAGAAAAUAAGGGAAAGUACAAAAAGCUAGUCGUUGCGUGAGUAGCUGUAUUAUUAUUCUUACCUGUAUCCAAUUAUCAUCCUCAUCCAUGAAUUUUGUGUAGUGUCCUCUUAACUGAGUACUCCAUUUCAUUUUCCUGUAACUCUAAUUGAGAACGUCUUUCUUCCUGUCUCUAUUUUUAAAUCUAACAUCAUCAAACAUGAGCUCAUUACUCCUGUAGUCUUAUCCUGAUUAAUAACUCUAAGGCUUUUGUUUUCGUCAUCCUUUUCUAUUUCCAUCGAUCAUUCUCAGCCAUGGAUUUAUCUAGUCUUCUUUUAAAACGCAAAUGACUCCUCACUCAACUCACUCACUCCUCAUUAUCUGGUCUAUUCUAGUCAUCCACCACUCGCUUUGUGAACCAUUUUCUUUGUCUUUUGUUACACUUGUCCCAUAACUCAACUAGACUUUGCAAGCUUCCUGUCACUUACGAAUAUAGGAACACAAGAAAAGUAGAGAAGCUGCAAGAAGCCAUUAGGCCUACACGUGGCAAUCCCUUCGUAAAACAUACCUAAUGUUAAUGAUAAUUCGCACUUAUCAUACCUAAUGACUCAGCGCUAACAACUUAAUUACUGAGUCUGUUCCUUUCAUCUACCAUUUUAUUUGGGAACCCAUUCAUUCCUCACUCAGGGGACGACUGAGUGGAUCAUCUUUGUGUUAAAUAACCCUUGUAUCGUUUCCACCGCGGUACAGUGGUAACGAUCGCGCUUGAGGGCCUACAGAGUCCUCAAGUGCACCGUCUCGAAUCCUAGGCAAGGUCUGAAAGAUCAUCAACUCAGGUAACGGUUCCCAACAAUGCCAAAACAAGUCCUUUGUUAAAAAUGUACCAUCCUAACCCUGGUAGAUAACGAGAAACCGGACGUAAAUACUGAGGGAAAAAAAAAAAAAUCCAGACUACAGAAAUAUUGAAGUGAGUGACCAAAGUACAGAAAUGAAUGUCGAAGAGAAAAAGAGUGAUUGGGAUUAAAGAAGAAUUGUGCAGCAGUACUUUUAUACUUUUAUACUUUUAUAUAUAUAUAUAUAUAUAUAUAUAUAUAUAGAGAGAGAGAGAGAGAGAGAGAGAGAGAGAGAGAGAGAGAGAGAGAGAGAGAGAGAGAGAGAGAGAGAGAGAGAGAGAGAGAGAGAGUUAUUGCUGAUUAAAAGAAAAUAUUAUUGUACAGCAGUUAUGAAUGAAAGAGUUAAGAGGAAGCUGCCAGCCGUUCCACGCUAGAAUACAAAUUGUUGCGGUUGUUGCUGGUUGUGGUUAUUAUUAUUAUUAUUAUUAUUAUUAUUAUUAUUAUUAUUAUUAUUAUUAUUAUUUAGUAAUGUAGUAGUAGUAUGUAAUGUGAUAGGUGGGCGUUAUCGUGACAAUUUAUCGCGAUAACGAUAUCGGAUUACCAGUUAUAAUUAUUUUUCCCGCGUUACCGAUUCAUCAGCAUCACCGAUACGUUUGGUUCCAAACUAGCGAUAAUCGAUAAUUUUAGUUUUUGGAACAUGAUCAUGUUGAAGUUUUAAACUUUCAAAUUAAGAUGUACUUAUUUUACUUAAAACCGUACUUUUCAUCAGUAAAGAGACAGGAUAAACAUUGAAUUUGAAGUUUUUCAAAGAUUUUUCUAAGUUUUCUAAGGUAAAGAUAAGGAUAAAGAUUCAGAUUUAUCUUGUUUUUUAUUUAAAAUAUAAUUAUCGUCAUCGCUAGUAUUGGAAUUUUGGAUUUAUCGAUUUAUUGGUGAUCGGUUAUCGGGUGAUAAACUUAUCGCCAGUAUCGAUUAUCGGUUGUCGCCGAUAAGGCUAUGGUUAUCGAUUUAUCGGUUAUCGUGAUACAUUUUUUUCCGUUAUUGCGGCCACGUAUGUAUGACAUAUCUUUCCGACAAAUAAAGGAAUAAUAUAUGUUUCU